GCUGGAGCUCCCCAAGGAUCUCUCCCAGGCCCUCUGCUCGCCAUCAAACGCGGAUGCCUCACAAGCCUACGUCUCCAGACAGGCUCACCCAACUGCCUCCUCCAUCCAACGCUGCAGCCCACUCAAGGUCCACGUAGUCCAAGCUGCAUUCCUUCCUCGCACUCCCUUGCCCUGUGUCCCCUCUUAGCAAAUGGCAGCCUCGGCGAUCCUGCCCCGAGGCAGGCCUGCGCCCAGCGUGGAGAUGAACAUCAGUAUUUGCUGAACGAGUAAAUGAAUCCUUAACCUUCCCUCCUUCUCCACAGCCGGUGAGGAUUCCUGUCCAUUUUACUGCCUCCUACGUCCCUCGAGUCCUCCCCUCUGCUUCUUUGUUCACCGCGGCCAGCUGCCUCCCCAGACCCGCAACCCCGGCUGGGCCGGGAACCUGCACCGCGGCGCUCGUGCCCUGCUCUGCGACCCCUGCUCCGUGACGCCCGCACUGCACGGGGGCACCGCGGCCCAGCACAGGCGCUCGUCACUAGUACACGAACUAGCUAGGACUAUAGAUGCACACCACCACACCUGGCUAAUUUUUUAUUUUUUGUAGAGAUGAUGUCUUACUGUUACCCAGGCUGGUCUUCUGGGCUCAAGCCAUCCUCCUGCCUCGGGCUCCCAAAGUGCUGAGAUUACAGGCGUGACCCACCGUGCCCAGAGUCAGCUUUAUUUUUUUUAAUGCUGACUUACUGCAGAAGGCCCACGGGCUACUGCAGUUUUCAUAUUGCUGUUGUAGUGGCGAACGGAGCCACGAGGGAAGGGAGCACCGCCGGCAGCUGCCCGGAGCCCAGGAUACCACGCAGCCAGCACCGAGACGUUGGGCUGGCGCUCGCAUCCGCGAUCUGCAGUAAGUAGCGGCGCGCCGAACGACGAGACUAAGCCCCGCCCACGCGGCGCUCCUGGCGGCCAAUGGAAAUGGCUUACGAGACGCCUUCUGCACGCGCUAUACUUAUACGGACCAAUGGGUGCGCCCUGUGGGGAGUGCCGCCCCCUGUCCGCGAGCCUCCUCUUCUCACCAGCCAGUAGGAGCGGUCUGCGUAGCCCUCACGGGGGCGACGCGUCGCCCGAGGCUCGUGGUCCGGGAAGGCGCGGGGAUUUGGCCCCUCUUCUCACAUCAGCAGGUCCAGGCCCAACCGACAGACGAUGGGAGCUCCAGCAACCAGGCGCUGCGUGGAGUGGCUGCUGGGCCUCUACUUCCUCAGCCACAUCCCCAUCACCCUGUUCAUGGACCUGCAGGCGGUGCUGCCGCGCGAGCUCUACCCAGUCGAGUUUAGAAACCUGCUGAAGUGGUAUGCUAAGGAGUUCAAAGACCCGCUGCUACAGGAGCCCCCAGCCUGGUUUAAGUCCUUUCUGUUUUGCGAGCUUGUGUUUCAGCUGCCUUUCUUUCCCAUUGCAACGUAUGCCUUCCUCAAAGGAAGCUGCAAGUGGAUUCGAACUCCUGCAAUCAUCUACUCUGUUCACACCAUGACGACCUUAAUUCCGAUACUCUCCACAUUUCUGUUUGAGGAUUUCUCCAAAGCCAGUGGUUUCAAGGGACAAAGACCUGAGACUUUGCAUGAACGGUUAACCCUUGUAUCUGUCUAUGCCCCCUACUUACUCAUCCCAUUAGUACUUUUAAUUUUCAUGUUGCGGAGCCCCUACUACAAGUAUGAGGAGAAAAGAAAAAAAAAAUGAAGGAAACAACCACUGGCCCAGGGUAGAGAUGCCUACAGGGUGGUUGCUUGUUGGAUACAAUACAAGGAACACUGCUCAGAACCCACGUCUUCAGCAGCAUUUGCAACACCGACAGCAACGCACAAGAGCAAGAUGGUGUCAGGAACCACGUCAAACCCUCACCUUCUUCCAUUUUUUUUUUUUUUUUUUUUUUUUUUUUUUUUUAAGACAGUCUCACUCUGUUGCCCAGGCUGGAGUAAAGGGCAGUGGCAUGAUCUCAGCUCACUGCAACCUCCGCCUCCUGGGCUUGAGCCAUCUUCCUUAGCCUCCCAAGUAGCUGGAACUAUAGGCGUGUACCAACAGGUAUGGCUAAUUUUUUUUGGUUUAUUUUUGUGUGUGUGGAGACAGGGUUUUGCCAUGUUGCCCAGGUUGGUCUCGGAACACCUAGGCUCAAGUGAUCUACCCAUCUCAGUCUCCCUAAGUGCUGGAGUUACAGACGUGAACCACUGGGCCCAGCCCAAACCUUCACCUUCUAAGGGCACUGGGAUGAACAGACCAAUCGGCUUGAGAGUGGGCAAAGGGGUGUGGGCUAGGUUAUAAGGAAGUGGUACCAAAUACCUGUGUGCCUGAGUUCCACCGCAAGAUUACUAAAAGCAGGACCAGACCAGAAAUUGCUAAAGAACAUGGCCUGUUUGACAUAUUCAUGAGUCACCUGACCCACAGCAUAUAUGCUUAUUAUGACAACCUUCCACUCCUGAUUCUCAAGAGUGUAUCACCUGUCAGCAAAAUGAACAGUGGGAUAUUUUGGGCCAUUUUAAAUGUGAAAUUUUACGUUUUUAAUGUUAAUUCAAAACUAUAUCAAUGUUUUCUUGUCCCCACCUCUAUAACCCAAGGAAAAAAGAGAAAACAUACUAUGCAAAGGAAGUUUAAACUUAGUUUUCCUUAAGGGUCAGCCCAACAAUGACUUUCAGUCAGAAAUGGAUUAAACUGGAAAAUGUUUUUGUUUCUGUUGUAAACAGAUCAUCCUAGGAGAAGGUUUUUUUUGUUUGUUUGCUUUUAAGUUAGUUUAUUUCUAAAUCUUAGUCUUCCACAUUUCUAGAGGCCACCUGACACAAGUCCCUUAUCUGAAGUCUAGCGUCUCAAGGCUGAUCUGGAAGUGUGCUAGUAUGCUCCCUAGUGGAUAACUUAAUCCUUUAAUACAGUUCAGUCGUUCCCAUCUUGUUUUCAGAAGAGAAGGUAGCUGCAGCCAGGCAUAACAUACCCACUGUGUGCAUAGAGGGUCUCUUCACGUUGAUGUUUGGCAUUCCAUCAGCUUUCUCUAAGUCUUUGCUCAAGUCCAACCUUAAAACGAUGUUAGACAACAGGUCCCAGUCAGUUCCGUCUAUUUUCACCCAUUUUGCUCACAAGCCAUAUUGGCCUGAUUAGUGGUACUGUCUGACUCACGUGUGUGAUCUAAAUAAAGGUAGCUGCUGACCA